AUGCCUCAUAUAAGCAUCGAUGGUUUUGAAGCUGAUGAUAUUAUCGCCUCACUGGUAGAAGAUACAAAGAAACAAGGAACAGGAGUGGUGAUUAUCAGUUCUGAUAAGGAUCUCUUCCAGCUUAUAGGAGAAAAUAUACAAAUAUUAAGACCAAGCUCAAAAAGUGUCGAUUGGAUACACGUGGAUGAGGCAUGGGUAGAAGAAAACUACGGUAUUGGUGCUGCACAAAUUCAUGACUACCUUGCUCUUAUUGGAGAUAGUAGUGACAAUAUUCCAGGGGUUGCUGGUAUAGGACCUAAGACAGCCGCAUCCCUACUGCAAAAAUAUAAGAACCUAGAUGGUAUUUUUGAAAACUUGAAUUCUAUAAAAGAGGCAUGGAGAAAGAAACUUAGUACUUCUCGCGAGCUAGCACAGCUAAGCUACACACUUGUUCAGCUCAAUAAAAACAUCCCCAUGCCCUCAGAUUUUUCUGCUGACUACCCUUCCUUGCUUUGGGAAAAUGUAGCAGAAAUUCUAGCAGAGCAUGAUAUUAAAUCGCUAGAUGAUAAGAAUAAGAAACAUACAAGCAGCACAGUAAAGAAGAAGAGCACUGAUGCACGUGUACAUAUCGUUCAUGAUGCCACAGAACUCAGCAAAGUAGCAGCAGAAGCCUUGGAGAAAAAAUAUGCGCAUAUCUACCCGGUUUUCGAUAAGGAAAGAGCUUUACACUCAGAGCUCUAUGGUAUUGCUGUAUGCGUGGAGUCAACACAUACACAUUAUCUUCCAUGGCAUGCCUUAAGCAAAGAAAAGAAGGACAAUGCCCUACAGGAGUUAAAGAUUCUUUUUGACGCAGAGGACUGCGAACUGAUAUUUUACGAUUCUAAGCAAGCGCUUACCAUUUUUCAAAGCAUAGGUGUACACAAGCAACACCACCUGUUUCAUGCAAACGAGAGACCUAUAGCACUUUUUGACAUACUUAUUGCUGCGUGGAUGAUAUCCCCAGCACAGCAUCACUACGACCUUGCAAGCCUACAUUCUAUCUACGCACCGCACUUAGAUUUUUCCAUUGAAGCUAUUACCGAAAAAGACUUAGAGGAAUAUUCUGUAGAAGCACUUGCAAAAAAAAGUUCCACUCUAUUAGUUGUAAUGGCAGAAAUUGCACAGAAGCUCCGCUUAUUACUAGAAGAGACAGGCAUGUACGAAACCUUCCGCAAAGUAGAGAUGUAUGUUAGCUAUGUUCUUACCAAAAUAGAAAAGAAAGGGAUAGUUAUUGAUGGGCAGUAUCUGUAUUCACUUUCUCAGCAAUUUUCUAAGCUCCUACUUGAACUAGAACAGGAGAUAUACGAGCUGAGUGGUGAAACAUUUAAUGUUAAUUCACCCAAGCAACUCGGCGAAAUUCUUUUUGAAAAAUUGGAACUUCCAUACACAAAGAAAACUAAAACUGGCAAUUAUAGCACUGAUGUGCAAACUUUGGAGUUUCUUUCAUCAAAGCACAUGCUCCCCGAAAAAAUUUUAAGAUACAGACAUAUCAAUAAAUACAAAAACACAUACACCGACACGCUCCCUCUUCAAAUACAAGUAGCAACAGGCCGUGUUCAUACAAGUCUAAACCAAAAUGGAUCGGAAACAGGUCGAAUAUCCAGCACGAACCCAGCGCUACAAAAUAUUCCAGUAAGAGAUACAGUGGGUCAGCAAAUUCGCUGCGCUUUUAUAUCCCCUAAAGGAUCGAAACUGAUAAGUGCCGACUAUUCUCAAAUUGAGCUAGUUAUCCUCGCGCAUCUCUCUCAGGACGCUAAAUUACUAGACGCCUUUAUUCAAGGUGUGGAUGUGCAUACUCUUACCGCAUCAAUUCUAUUCCAAGUUGCUGAGAAUGACGUUACAAGCAUGCAAAGGAGGAUAGCAAAGAGCAUUAACUUUGGUGUUAUAUAUGGAAUGUCUGCCUUCCGCCUUUCAAAUGAGCUAAAAAUCUCCCAAAAAGAAGCAAAGGAGUUUAUAAGUUCCUAUUUUACUGAAUUUGAAAAAAUUACUGAUUUUAUAGCGGGGGUUGUGCAAAAUGCCGAAACACUUGGAUAUACUACCACCAUCUUAGGUAGGAGACGCUACCAUGAACACAUUAACAGCAAUAAUAAAAACUUAAAACACGCAGCGGACCGCAUGGCAAUCAAUAGUAUUAUUCAGGGAUCUGCAGCUGAUAUUAUGAAAUUAGCAAUGAUAUCGGUAAGCGAUGCAUUAGAUACCGAAAACCUAUCAAGUGCUAUUAUUCUGCAAAUACACGAUGAAUUAUUACUGGAAUGCCCUGAAAACGAAGUAUCUCACGUUCUUGCUAUGCUGCAUAGAAUAAUGCCAAAAGUUUACGAACUCUCUGCGCCCCUUUCUAUUUCUGCCCAAAGUGGGGAUAGCUGGGGGGUACUGAAGUAG